AUGAACAAAAACGGAACAGCUAAAAUGAAUGAUAAUCAAAUAAGAGCCGAAGGUAGAAGGUUAUUUAAACGCUUCUAUAACAUUCCUGAUGGUGUUAAUCCUAAAACUCGUAGAAGUUAUUUAAAUGAAGCCAUAGAUGCAUAUGAAGGAUUUGACAUUUCAUCAGAAAGUGAGAGGUUAGCAAGAAUGUUAAACGUUAAUAUUGAUUUUUAUUAUUGUGACCCUCAACCAGAAGACGUAGACAUAAAUAAGGUAGACUUUCCAUUAGUGGAAUCAAUAAUGAUAGAUCCAGAAUUUGAAACAGUAAAUAUUUUAUUAACACAGAGUCCAUGUGGAAAACUUCACGCUGACAGAAUUACAGACGUUGAAGCACUCACAGGAUAUAAAGUUUGCCCCUUUUGCAAAGAAGAAGUAUAUUCUAUCCGUGAUGACCCAGAAAGGAAAAACCAAAGAAGAUUUUUAAAACAUUGUGAGAAAUGUAAAGAAAAUAAUGGAAGAUUAAUUCAAGACGUUCAAUUGCAAAACACACAACAACCAUAUGCACCACAUAUCACGAAACAGAAGAUAUAUCAAUGGCUAUUAGCUCACAAUUUGCAGGAAUAUUAUAAACCAACAAGAUAUUAUAUUACUUUUGACUUCGAAACAUUAGAGACUAAAGAAGAACUUCAACUUUCUGAAUGUGCAACUUUGAACGCUUACUUAAAACCAUUUAUGGUAUCAUCAACUGUCAAAAUAAAGCCGCAAACGGACUCUUUGAGUCCUGAAGGUCUUUCAGACCGAAGCGGCGAGGUCGUAGACCGUGAUAAAACAUUUACGAGGAAUUUUUGCUUAACAUCAAGUGAUUCGUUCAUCUCUGAUUGGAUUGAAUUUUUAUUUUCAACCUGUUCAUUAGUUGCUAAAUCAAAUAUUGAACAAUAUGAAGAAUUAAUGAAGCCGCAAACGGACCAAACGGCGGGGACUUUGUCCCAUACAUUAAAUGAAAAACAGAAGGAAGCAUUUAAAGAACUUCUAGAUGAGGAAUUCAAUAAAGUGAAUAUCAUAGGUUUUAAUUCGGGAAAGUUUGAUUUAAAUUUAAUUCUUCGUGAUUUAAACACUGCAAAAUGGAAAAUAAAAUCAAUGCUGGGUUCUUCUUCUCAAUUUAAGCAAAUCAUUGUAAAGAAAACAAACUGUCCAUAUGAAUUAAGAUUUAUUGACAUCAGAAAUUAUAUAGCGGGUGGAACAUUAGACCAAUUCACUCAAGAUUUCGGAAACAAUAAAUCACGUGUUAAAUCCUUUUUCCCUUAUCAAUUCAUCACAUGGGAGAAUUACGAAGAUGAAUUAUAUAAAGUGGAACCAUUCACUCAAGAUUCAUUUUAUUCAGCAUUAACUCAAGAAACAAUAUCCGAUUCAGAUUAUCAAAUAUAUCUCAAUGAUGCUAAAAAUUUUGAGAAUAGAUUAGAAUAUUUUAUUCAUUAUUGCAAUAAAGACGUUGAAAUUAUGAUUGACCCAAUUGAUAAAAUUAUUGAAGAAACAUUUGUUUAUAAAAUUGACAUGCUUCAUAAUCUUUCUUUAUCAUCGAAUGCAUCAAUGAUUCGUUACGCUUUAGCAUAUAAAAACUUUAAUCCUAAUGAAACAUAUCCAGAAGAAGAAAAUGUGGAAUCAAGUUUUGAAUUAACAAAAAAGUAUUGGAAAUAUAAAAUUGAUUCAUAUAAGAAACAAGAUGAAAAAGCAGAAAGGGAUACUAAAAACAAUGUUUCAAUGGAUGACUAUCAAUACUAUCACGAUUUAAUCCUUUCAUCUAAAUGCAAAAUGUGUGGUAAAGCGUUUACAUAUGCUAAUAAACCAACAUUAG